UUUUAAAAACAUGGUAGAAGCAGGAGCUCUUCUCUGCGUUUCUGAACCUUUUGUGCAUGUUUUGGCAAACAAGGAACACGAAUUUCGGUGUGAAAGUUGCUUGGAAAGAGCAGAGUCCCUGAAAAGAUGCAGUGCCUGUGGUACAUUGAAAUACUGUAGCAUUAAAUGCCAGAGGGGUGACUGGAAUGUCCACAAAAAGGAGUGUCCCUGUCUGAAGAGACUACAGUCAAAGAUCCCCACAGACAGUAUACGACUGUUACUGAGACUGGUCAUCAGAUUCUCCGACAGUAGUCUUAUACAAGAGGCUAGCGGUACUCUUACACUAAAGAGGUCAUUCAAUGACCUUAUGUCACAUGAAAAGGAAAUCAGGAGGGAUGGUACUCGAUGUGAGCAGCUUUCCCAGCAUUUGUUUACCUUACAGAAAGUCACAAACGGGAUUCUGGACCUACCCUCAUCUCAAGAUCUCCUACAAAUCUUUGGAAAGAUGACAACCAAUAGUUUUACUAUUUGUGGAGAGGAGAUGCAGCCCAUUGGUACAGGUAUUUACUUAGGACCUUCACUGCUAGAUCACAGAUGUAAGCCCAAUGCAGUCACAACAUUCCAGGGGAGAUUACUACACCUGAGAGCUGUAGAACCUAUACCUAAUCCUUCACCUUCCAAUGUAUUCAUCAGUUAUAUUGAUCAACUUGACACCACAACUGACAGAAAGAAGAAUUUAAGGGAGCAAUAUUAUUUUGAUUGUGCUUGUUCCUGGUGUCAAGAUCAAGAGAUGGAGAAUGCAAAAUUGGCUGUGAAAUGCCCACAGAAAGACUGCAAUGAAGGCUAUGUCACAGUUCUGGAGGAUGGUAUCACAAUUGCUACCUGUUCUGUCUGUGGUCAGUCUGUCAGUGAUGAAGAAUUCAUUCAGAAGGCCUCGGGUCUGGAGGAAGAUUGCCAGAGAUGUCUGGAGGAGGCCAAAGCAGCCAAACAGUCAAAAGAUCCAGAAAGAGUUUUAAGUGUUUGUGAGAGGUGUCUGAACUGUUAUGCUGACUUGUUUCAUCCACUGAAUCUAAGUCUGGUAAAGAUUCUGGACUAUGUGUUUGAUGCUGCCAUGGAUUUACAGCUGUGGGAGAAAGCUGUGAAUUAUGGGAGUAAAACGCUGCCAGCAUACAGGAAAUACUACCCUCCCUACAGUCCCAAUGUUGGUAUUCAGCUGUUAAAGCUGGGGAAGAUUCAGCUUUAUUUACAAAAUCUCAAGGAAGCACUCGUCUACCUACAACAGGCUAAUGACAUUCUGUCUGUCACACAUGGACGAGAUCACACACUCUAUAAACAACUCAUAGAACUGCUGGAUCAGUCACAGGAAGAAAUGAGAACGAGGCUGGAAAAUGGAAGCUAGCUCAGAACUAAUCCUUAGAGAAACUUUUUCAGAUAAUGAUAUUUGCUUUUUCUUCGUUACAAAAAGGAUGUAUUGAAAACAAUGAAGAGUCAUAAACUACAACAUUGAAGAAUUUUUAAUUACUAUGAAUUUUGGUUUCUGAGUUUUUGCCAUUAAUCCAUGGAUUAUUUCCUUGUUAAGAAAUACUUUCAAAAUUACAUGUGGAUGGCAAUUUAUCACAUGGAUAUCACUCACUGGAUAUUAUUUUCAUAUCCCACUGCUGUGAUGUCACAAUGGGUUUUGUGUGAAAGUGAUGAAGUAAAAUAACGUGGAUUCAAAUAUAAAACAGUGUAAAACAUUGAUAGUAAUGUAGAAAACAUGUGAUAAAAAGAAUCUCACAUGAUUUGUGGUUAGAUAUGAUUUUAUCUAACUCGUUGUGUAUUUUUUAUCUCACGCCAAGGCUCGGGGAUAAAAAACACACAACUUGGAUUAAAAUCAUAUCCAACCACAAAUCAGGGGAGAUUCUAUAUUUAGCACACCUUUUAUCUUGAAAAUUUUAAUCAAGAUAUUCUCUUACAUCUUUUAAUGCGGUUACUAAAAUCUGAGAUGUUACGAUGCAGUUCUUGGGUUGUACAUGAUCCUUGAGGUAUACCUAAGUGCACAAGCUAC